AUGACAACAAUAGCCAUUUCAGAUAACGAUGUUUAUAUUGUAGAGUGUGUUCGUACACCAAUAGCAAGAGGAUACAAGAAUGGUGCAUUGCAUUCGAUGCAACCUGUCGAUUUGUUAGCAGCUACUCUCAAAGAGUUGGUCAAGAGAAGUGGUAUCGAUGCUGCAUUGGUUGAAGAUGUUAUCUGUGGUGUCGUCAGUCCUGUCAAUGAACAAGGUGCAAACAUCCCAAGAUUCGCUUGGUUAAAGGCUGGUCUACCAAAGAGUACUCCUGCUGUUCAAUUAAAUCGUAUGUGUGGUAGUGGACAACAAGCAGUUCAUUUUGCAGCUCAAGGUAUUGCAUCUGGUCAUAUCGAUAUUGCAAUUGGAUGUGGUGUUGAAAUGAUGAGCGUCGUUCCAAUGGGUAGUGACUGGCAAUUGGAUAACCCAGACUUUGCCAAAGGUUUUGAUUUCAAGGUUUUACAUCAAGGAGUAUCAUCUGAAAUGAUUGCAGAGAAAUAUAAAUUGACUAGAGAUGAGUUGGAUCAAUUUUCUGGUCGUAGUCAUGAGCUUGCUGACAAGGCUAUCAAGGCUGGUUAUUUCAAGAGUCAGAUUAUGCCAGUUACAGUCACUGGCACAGGCAAAGUGAUUGAGAGUGACGAGGGUGUACGUGUACCAGUCGACUAUAAGAAGAUGAAGACACUCAAGACUCCAUUCAAAGAGGGUGGUUUGAUCACUGCCGCCAACGCAUCACAAAUCAGUGAUGGUGCGUCAGCCGUCUUGCUAGUAUCUGGUAGAAAGGUCAAAGAACUCGGAUUACGUCCACGUGCUAGAAUUGUAACAUGUGUUUCGGUUGGAUCAGACCCAGAAUACAUGUUGCUCGGACCCAUCCCAGCCACCAAAAAGGCAUUGGACAAGACCAGACUCAGUAUCCACCAAAUCGAUGUAGUCGAGAUUAACGAAGCCUUUGCAUCGGUCGUCUUGGCAUGGCAAAAGGAAUUCAAAAUUGAUCCAUCAAAAGUCAAUCCAAAUGGAGGUGCCAUUGCUCAUGGUCAUCCACUUGGUGCUACUGGUGCCAUUUUAAUGACAAAGAUGGUCAAUGAAUUGGAAAGAACAGGAAAGAGAUAUGGUUUACAAACUAUGUGUAUUGGAUUUGGACAAGCAACUGCUACCAUCAUUGAAAAUUGUUCAUAUAUUCCACAAUCCAAAUUAUAA